AUUCCGACCUCCAUAACAUCAUCAAACCAAUCUUCCAUCCAUUCACACAUACAAACCACCCAAAAUGGUCCUCUCCUUCAUCCUAAUCCAAAACCGCCAGUAAAUAACACCCCUUCCCUUUCCUCCCUCUUAAAUCCCAUCCGAAACCGCACAUCCCUAACCCAUCCAUCCGCAGAGGUAAAACCCGACUCGCAAAAUGGUACGCCCCCUACAACGACGAAGAGAAGAUCAAGCUCAAAGGCGAAGUAAGUAUAUAUGCUUUCUCCCCAUCCCACCCCAUCGCUCCCUUCCUCAUCUAUUCCACGAAUUCCCAGCAGCAAUCUAACAAACCCACCCCAGGUCCACCGACUCGUCGCACCACGCGACCAAAAAUACCAAUCGAAUUUCGUCGAGUUCCGCAACAAUAAAAUCGUGUAUCGACGGUACGCGGGGCUUUUUUUCUGCGCAUGCGUCGAUGCGAAUGAUAAUGAAUUGGCGUAUUUAGAGGCUAUACAUUUUUUUGUCGAGGUGCUGGAUAGUUUUUUUGGGAAUGUGUGUGAAUUGGAUUUGGUGUUUAAUUUUUAUAAGGUAUGUUUUAUCUUUCGGAGGAAGGGGGAGAGAAGGCGGAUAAAUGGGUAUGGUACUAAUAUGUUGUGAUGAUAGGUGUAUGCUAUAUUAGAUGAAGUGUUUUUGGCAGGGGAAAUAGAAGAGACGAGUAAACAGGUUGUGUUGACGAGAUUGGAACAUUUGGAUAAGUUGGAAUGAGUGUAGGAAUGUGAGGGGCAGAUCCACCAAAUUGUCUAAUAGUAAUGGCAGUGGUCAGUAAGUUGAUACCAAUGGGGCAGCUAGGAGUUUGGAGUUCAUCUGCAGGAAUAAAGACUGCCGCAAGGCGAAGUUACAGUCAAAAUAAAUUUGUCACGCAAGUGUCACCAUUAUCUGAG